UCUCUGUUAAUAUGCGGCUUUAUCUUCCUCCCGCUAUAUUCUCCGUCAUCCUCCAGGAGAAAUGGCUGAUCCUAUGUGAGUCUGGCGCCGGCCUCCAAGAUCCCUCCUUGCCUCCCCUUAAUCGAUCCCAACCAGGGUAAGGCAGCUGCCGAUCGCUUCAAAAUCCUGUCUUGGUCUCGUGAUCUCGAUCGUUUUUGACGCCCAAAAGAAGGAUUUUGGAAGACGGGGCUCGGAGUCCUAGGUUGUUGGAUCGAUUGGGAAGGGCGGGGGAUCGGCUUGGGGCCCUACUAGCUCGUUCGCGGGGGCAUGGGGAAGGCGGCGGUGACGACGGCGGUUGUGUGCGCCGCGGCGGCAUGCGCGGUGGCGGCGCUGGUCGUGCGGUACCGGAUGCGGAGCUCCGGUAGGUGGGCGCGGGUCGCCGCCCUGCUGAAGGAGCUUGAGGAGCGGUGCGCCACGCCCGUUGGGAAGCUGCGACAGGUGGCGGACGCGAUGGCGGUGGAGAUGCACGCCGGGCUCGCCUCCGAGGGCGGGAGCAAGCUUAAGAUGCUAAUCAGCUACGUCAACAACCUCCCGACCGGGGAGGAGACAGGGUUGUUUUAUGCUUUAGACCUUGGCGGAACCAACUUCCGCGUCCUACGUGUGCAACUGGGGGGUAAGGAGAGGCAUGUACUAAAGCAAGAAUUUGAGGAGGUCUCCAUUCCACCGCUUCUAAUGGUUGGAGGCUCAGAUGAACUCUUUGAUUUCAUUGCUUCAGCUUUAGCAAAGUUUGUUGCAUCUGAAGGUGAAGAUUUUCACCUUCCUGUUGGUAGGCAGAGGGAAAUUGGAUUUACCUUUUCUUUUCCUGUGAGACAAACCUCUAUAGCAUCAGGCACCUUAAUUAAAUGGACGAAAGGUUUCAAUAUUGAUGAGACGGUUGGGGAAGAUGUGGUGGCUGAAUUGACUAGGGCCAUAGAAAGACAAGGUCUUGAUAUGCGAGUAUCAGCUUUGAUUAAUGAUACCGUUGGAACAUUAGCUGGGGGGAGAUAUCAUGAUAAUGAUGUAGUUGCUGCCGUGAUAUUGGGCACCGGCACAAAUGCAGCCUAUGUAGAGCGUGCCCACGCAAUACCUAAGUGGCACGGUCUCUUGCCAAAAUCAGGAGAGAUGGUUAUCAACAUGGAGUGGGGAAACUUUAGGUCAUCCCAUCUUCCUUUAACAGACUAUGAUCAAGCAUUAGAUAAUGAGAGUUUGAACCCUAGUGAACAGAUUUUUGAAAAGUUGAUCUCUGGAAUGUACCUGGGAGAAAUUUUACGACGAGUCCUUUUGCGGCUGGCUAAGGAAGCUUCCCUUUUCGGAGACAGUGUUCCUCCAAAACUUGAAAUUCCGUUCAUGCUACGGACUCCAGUCAUGUCAGCCAUGCAUCACGACACCUCGCCUGAUCUUAAAGUUGUUGGUGCCAAACUGAAGGACCUCCUGGGGAUCCCCAACACCUCUCUCAAAGCAAGAAAAGUGGUGGUCCAGAUCUGCGACAUCGUCGCCAGGCGUGGCGCUCGCUUGGCCGCCGCUGGUGUAGCCGGCAUCCUGAAGAAGGUCGGGCGAGACACGGCGGUGAAGGGCGGAGAGAGCGUGCCAAGGACGGUCGUCGCCAUGGAUGGUGGACUCUACGAGCAUUACACCAUAUUCCGCGAGUGCUUGCAGGCCACCUUCGAGGAGAUGCUCGGAGCCGAGGCCGCAGCUUCUGUCGUCAUCAAGCUAGCAAAUGACGGAUCGGGCAUCGGCGCCGCCCUCCUCGCAGCUUCUCACUCUCAGUAUCGAGAACUCGAACAGUCCUGAAGGCGGCGUCUAAUAAGAAGAGCUCAAUAAACCCAUAUCAACCUCGACGUCCUCUGGUUUCCAUGGAGGAGGAGGAGGAGGAGGAGGAGUAGGAGGAGGACUUCUUCCGUCUUAAUUCAUGUCCGCUGCUGCGGUAGCAUAUGAUAGCUGAGGAAACGACGAGGCAGUCGCCUCAGAGAAGGAAGAACAGCAGAAUCUCUGCAAACCUUCCCUGCGUUGUUGGCAUCUCAUAUGUCUUCUUUUUCUUGCUCUCCUUUUUGCUGCUGUCACUCGAUCAUUGACGAAUAAAUGGAGGGGAUUCGAGAACUCCUUUCGAAGACA